AUGACAGACCCAACGGAAGGUGUCCCAAGCACCGCAGGGAUGGGCCAGAAAAAAAUGACGGAGGAAAUUCGACAGCGACGCGAUAAGCUUGAGAUGUAUCAAUCCCACUCACACAAGAUGAAGUCUCUCAUGAUGAACAGUGCUGGUAUACGUAGUGGACUUAGUACAAAUGAUGAUCGGACGCUAAAUCCCAUCUGGACAAACUUCCCCACCCGUUGUGUGAAGCCUAUUUCCUCUGUAGCUGAGAUGCGUGAGAAAUUAGAGUAUUUUGCCCACAGUGAUGAUGUGAUGGUGGUACGAUACCAUCAAAACAACUGCACUGCCUGUAAUGCGGUAGACAAGAGCUUCGAGCUCCUCUGCCACCAGAGUGCGGAGCGGCUGCCCAAUCUGCGUUUCUACGACGUCAACCGCGACGAGGUGCCGGAGCUCGCGAAGGGCCUCGUGCGGUUCCCGCAGGUGAAGGGCUACAGCGGGGGCCACUGGACGGAUCUCGAGUUCAAACCCCCGGCGGCCUACCGCGAGGAGGUCUACGCCGGCGUCGAGCAGGAAGUCCGGCGGCAGAAGAACGCCGGCCGCCCCGUCACGGCCCUCGAGGCGGAGGAAAUGUAUUUCUCCGCCGCCGGGCCCGCCAUGCUGCAAGUACUGGAAGAGUCGCUGGUCCGCUUCUACGCCAAGUCGCAGGUGCGAUUGCAUAAUUACUGGAAGCAGGUGUCCGUGCGCCGCGCGUGGUUCUUCCGCAAAUUCAUAGAACCAGAAGUAAAUGAGGAAAUACGGGAUGCAUGGCAGAUGAAGUCAAUAUUUGGUGAGAAACUAAAUUAUGGGCCGGAGCCAAAGAUGGACGACUUUUGA